AUGGCCAAAGGAUCGCAGCUAUCACAGCUAAAAGCUGCUCUCAAUAAAGCAGGGCUAACGGGACCUCCGAAUAGCAAAAAAAGAAAGCGCGGUCAACCUCUAGAGAAAGACAAGGAGAAAAAAGCUGCAAAGCUCGAAGAGAUCCACCAGCGUCUCAAUCCUUUUGAUGUCAAGGUCACAAAGUUGAAACACGAUGUUGGAGGGAGAAGACUGAAGGGAAUCACCGGAAGGCCUGCAAAAAGCAAGCAGGCUGACCUUGAUCAGCGCAAGAAAGUGUUGUUGAAGGAAUAUGAAGAAAAAGACAGAGCUGGUGGCAUUGUCGAUCGACGUUUCGGUGAAAAUGAUCCUACUAUGAGCUUGGAAGAACGUAUGCUGGAACGCUUCACCAAGGAGAGACAACGGGCUUCGAAGGGAAUGGCGUUCAAUCUGGAGGACGAGGAUGACCUCACACACUAUGGUCAAAGUUUAUCAAAAAUGGACGACUUUGACGACGUUGGACUGGAAGAAGAUAGCGACGAAGAAGAUAAGCAUGGUCAAAUUGCCCGAGAUGUUGUCAGUAGGACACAUUUUGGCGGCUUUGGAGACGAACCGGAAGAAGAGGAAGAAGGGCCUGCGAGAAAGAAAACGAAGGCUGAGGUCAUGGCCGAAGUAAUGGCCAAAAGUAAAGAGCAUAAAAUGCGCCGACAAAUGGAACGCGACCAAGACGAUAACAUUCGUCACGAACUCGAUAAUCAAUUUGCGGAUUUACGAGAACUAAUUUUCGCGCCAGACCCUUCGUCUAGUGGUAGCAAUAUGAUACCGCUUGGUGUACGAGAGGGGGGGCCAUAUCCCAAACCACCCGUUGAUGCCGAAACUGUAGUGACCAAACUGAUUCCUACGGGCGAAGGCGAUGAUUAUGACCAACACGUCCGAGAGUUGGCGUUUGACAAACGCGCCAAACCCAAAGAUCGAACAAAGACAGAAGAGGAAUUGGCAUUGGAGGCAAAAGAAGCCUUGGAAAAGGCAGAAAGAAGGCGCCGAAGGCGUAUGUUGGGUCUGGACGAAAGCGAAGACGAAGAUGAAGGAGGAAAGGGAAAAGCGAAGCGGAAAAGAGGAGGAGACGACUUAGACGAUGAUUUCGACGAUCCUAAUGAAGACCUAAGUUUAUUGGGACCAGGCCUCGGAGGUGAGGUUGCUGCGGAUGAAGACGACGAAGAGGAAAGUGAUGAGGAUGAAGAAGAAGGUAGCGACGAAGGAGAGGAAGAAGAAGGAUCGGAUGAGGAUGGUAAUUCCGAGCUUGAAGGCUCAGAUGAAUCAGAAGGAGAGGAGGGAGAUCAUGAACAACUUGUUGCGCCUCGCAGAACAGCAAAAACAAAAUCCAAGGGCAAAAAGAAGGCGAAGCAAGAACUACCUUUCACUUUUCCAUGUCCCAGCAGUCACGAGGAAUUCCUUGAAAUCAUUGAAGACAUUGACGACGACGAUGUACCCGUAGUGGUGCAAAGAAUACGUGCCUUGUAUCAUACAAGUCUAGCGGCUGAUAAUAAACUUAAGCUCCAGACAUUCGCAACAAUACUCAUCGAUCACGUCCUAUAUAUUGCCUCUCCUCCAAAUCCCCGCUAUUCCUUGAUAACAGCUUUAUUCCCUCACAUCCUUGCCAUAACGAAAGCAUAUCCUAUUCCAAUUGCCCGUCAUUUCAACAGCAAACUAAAUCUAAUGCAUAAAAACCUGAAACGAGGGCUUUCCCGUGGCCCUCUCGACCCUGAUGCCAAAACAUGGCCUGGAAUUCCAGAGUUGUCUCUCCUACGAUUAAUUGGACUUAUCUGGCCGACCAGUGAUCUCAACCACGCGGUUGUUUCCCCUACGCGACUUCUUUUAGGUGCAUACCUUGGCUUGGGACGGGUGAGGACAUUGCGCGAUAUUGCAAGUGGUUUGUUUUUGUCCACUCUGUUCCUGCAAUACGAAUCACUCUCGAAGCGACUUGUACCAGAAGUAAUCAAUUUCCUCCUAAAUACCGUUCUUUUCCUUGCACCGCAUCCGUUUGAGCGCGUCACCGAUCUUCCUGGCUCGUUCCCUUCACCCGACUUCCGAUCAAAAUUAUGCCAAAAACUCGCCAUGGAUGCUAAAGUUAAAAAAUCGCUCGUAGCCCGAAAGGCAAACUUGACGACACUUAUGGAAUCUGAUGAUUCAGACGAGCAGGCAAAGGCGGACUUGCUCUCGCUUUCCUUCGGAUUACUUGGGGAAUUUGCCGGUUUGUAUAAAGGCCUUGAUGGUUUCAUUGAAUUAUAUGAGCCUGUGUUAGCUGUCCUCGAAAAUCUUGAUAGCAAACAUCUUUUCGACGGCCACAAGACACAACUUGGGAAACUCGUUGACUCCCUUCAACGACUGCUCAAAUUUUCACAUCAAGCCAGAAAGCCGCUGUGUCUACAAGCACAUAGGCCUAUCCCUAUCCCAACCUACAUUCCCAAGUUUGAAACUACUACGUCGAACUACCUGCGCAGGCAAGAUCCUGAUCAUGAAAAGAACCAGGCCUCCAAAUUGCGCAACCAGUACAAACAGGAGAGGAAAGGCGCCAUCAGAGAGCUGAGAAAAGACGCCAGAUUCCUUGCAGGUGUGGAACAGAAGAAGCAGAUUGAAAAGGAUCGCGCAUAUAAUGAACGCAUGCGUCGUGUAUUUGGGUCUAUCGAAGGUGAACGGGCAGAAGAAAAGGCAAUGGAGAGAGAAAAGGCCAAAGACAAGAGAAGAGCAGGCAAAAAGUAG